AUGGAGGUGAACAAGGAUCUGCUUCUUCUCCCCAACAUCACCCUUGGCUUCCGCAUCUAUGAAAAUCAGAAGAUGGAGAGGAAGAUUUUCUUAUACAGCCUCUCCUUGCUCUCCACACGAGGUCAAAUGGUUCCGGGUUACAAAUGUGGCAGGAAGGACCCUCUGCUCUCUGUCAUUGGAGGUCACAACUCCGAAUCCUCAAGGCAGAUGGCCUCCAUCUUCAGCAUCUACAAGGUCCCACAGAACUACCAACAUGUCCUGGCCUUGGCAUUUGCUAUCCAGGAGAUCAACAAAGACCCCCAGUUUCUCCCCAACAUCACCCUGGGCUUCCGCAUCUAUGAAGAGAACCACUAUGCAAGCAUGACUGAAGAUCUAGGUUACCGCUUCUCUGACCCUGUUUUGAGGGAUAAGAUCCGGUUCCCCACCUUCUACCAGAUCGAUCCUCAGUAUCACCUACAGAAUGCAGCCAUUGUCCAGCUCCUUCUCUAUUUCCAGUGGAACUGGAUUGGGAUUAUUGUUCAGAAGUCAGAGAGCAGUGACCCUUUCAUCCAGAUUUUUAAUGCCACCCUUGCCCAGAAUGACAUUUGCAUACAAUUUGUCAAACAGAUCUUGCCCCGAAUCUCAAUGUUCAAUAUGUUGCACAAUGAUCAAAUAGAUCUGCUUUGGACAAUUUUGAACAGUGAUACUCAGGUUGUGAUUAUCUCCGGGGAUUCAAAUUCUCUGCAAAGCCUUAUAGUAUCCCUCUACACUUAUGAAGAAGAGAACCACACUACCUCUAGAAAGGUCUGGAUCCUGACCACCCAAUGGGAAUUUUCAGCGAUUGGCUAUCACUACGAUUGGGUGAAAUUAAAAUCCCUCCAUGGUGCUUUAUCUUUCACAGUCCACACCAACCCGGUGCCAGGAUUCAAAGAUUAUCUCUGGGCUGUGAAUCCACACAAACCCCACGGAGACGUCUUUCUUCCUGAGUGGUGGGAAGUUGUAUUUGACUGUGAGGUUUCAAAGGCAGGUCUGGCCUCACCUGACGGCCGAAGGGUUUGCACAGGGCAGGAGAAUCUGGACACGCUCCCGGUCUCUGUCUUUGAUGGACAGAUGACCGGUUUCAGCUACAGUAUCUACAAUGCUGCCUAUUCUGUGGCACACGCAUUGCAUGCUGCGUAUAUGUGGGAAUCACAACAGUCAUUGAAGAGAGGCAGAAAGAAGCCACACCUUCACCUCUCUGUGAAGCCCUGGCAGAUCCACGCCUUCUUGAAAAAUGUCCUUUUCAACAACACUGCCGGGGAGGAAGUCUCCUUUUCAGAAACUGGGAUGAAAUAUGCAGGAUUUGAUAUCCUCAACUGGGUCGUCUUUGCAAAUAUGACGAUCCUUCAGCAGAAAGUCGGAUGGGUUGAUCCAGAGGCUCCUUCAGCUGAAGGUUUCAGCAUCGACCCCAAUGCCAUUGUGUGGGCGAACCAGACAAAGCCUUUCUCCCGUUGUGUGAAGCACUGCAUUCCAGGACAAGCCAGGAAAGUUGCAGAGGGGAAGCCUUCUUGUUGCUACGGAUGUGUUUCGUGCCCAGAAGGGACCAUUUCUAAUCAAACAGAUGCAGCUCGGUGUGUCCCCUGCCCAGAAGACCAGCACCCAAGCAAGAACCACAUCCUGUGCAUUCCCAAGACCAUGAACUUUCUCUCCUGUGAGGAUACACUCGGCUUUGUUUUAGUUUGUCUAGCUCUUUUCUUCUCUUUGAUCACAAUCCUUGUGUUGGCAGCCUUCAUCAAACACUGCAACACACCGAUUGUCAAGGCCAACAACCGCAAUCUCACCUACAUCCUCCUGAUCGCCCUCCUGCUCUGCUUCCUCUGCUCCUUCCUCUUCAUCGGGCAGCCAAGAAACCUCACCUGUCUCCUCCGACAAACCACGUUUGGCAUCAUCUUCUCCAUUGCCAUUUCAUCUGUGUUGGCAAAAACUCUGACUGUGGUUGUGGCCUUCCUGGCUACUAAGCCAGGAAACAGGACAAGAAAACUCUUGGGGAAGCAACUGAUCAUAGUCUUGGCUUGUCCCCUUGUGCAAGCAGUUCUUUGUGCCUCCUGGCUGGCAGUCUCGCCCCCAUUUAGUAAUUUGGACUUUCAUUCUGUGAUGGGAAAAAUCGUGAUGGAAUGCAAUGAAGGUUCGACUAUCAUGUUUUAUGCUGUUCUGGGCUACAUGGGUUUUCUGAGUCUCAUCAGCUUCAUAGUGGCUUUUCUGGCCAGGAAGCUGCCCGACAGCUUUAAUGAAGCCAAGUUCAUUACUUUCAGCAUGCUGGUCUUCUGCAGUGUUUGGGUCUCCUUUCUCCCCACCUAUCUGAGCACCAAAGGGAAGUCCAUGGUGGCCGUGGAGAUCUUCUCCAUCUUGGCCUCUGCGGCUGGUCUGCUGAGUUGCAUCUUUCUCCCCAAAUGCUAUGUUAUAGUGCUGAGGCCAGAUCUGAACAAUAGAAGUCACCUCAUGGGGAAAGUUAAGUACAAACUGCUCUGGGUUCUCCCAGUGAUGGAGGACCUUGCCUUGUCCUCCAAAGAGCUAACUUCAGGGUUUUGCGAGACUCAGCUGGCCUUCAAGUCAAAGCCCAAACACAGACUCAUACCCAAAAACUUCCAGACAUUCCUGGCUUUGAUGUUUGCAGUUAAACAAGUCAACAAGGAUCUUGUUCUUCUGCCCAACAUCACCCUUGGCUUCCACAUCUAUGAAAAUAACCAGAAUGAGAGGAAUAGUUCUUUAAUCUGCCUCUCCCUGCUCUCCACCCGAGACCAAAUGGUUCCAGGUUAUAAAUGUGACCGACAGGACCCUCUGCUCUCUGUCAUCGGAGGUCUCAACUCCAAAUCCUCAAGACUGAUGGCCUCCAUCUUCAGCAUCUUCAAGGUCCCACAGGUCCAAUUUGGGUCGGUCCAGCUGUACCAGAGGUUCUGUCUUUUGAGCCCAUCUUCAGGGAGCUUCUCUCUAAGAGAAGAUCUUGAUAUAAUUCUGAAAAAGGAAUUACUUCCUGAUUUCCAUAAAUGUUUGUCAGAG